CGACGUUUAAAGUGUGUUUGCGUUUAAUGUUGCGGCUUUUUCUGUCGCCGUGUUGUCGCGCGCUUUUCAAAGCUGUUGACUGUAGUAAAGGGGCCUGUGUGUGUGUCUGUGUGUGGUGUGUGUGUGUAACGGUGCGGCACUCUUUUGGGAAUGCCCACAGUCCCAACAAAUGCGCCUUUCAAGUCGACGGAAACGGUCGAAAGCGUGAGUCACAAUGUUGAUGCUGGCAGGGAUCGUUGUUCUGCACAUUACUGCAGUCAUCCUGCUUCUGGUGGCCACCAUUGAUAAUGCCUGGUGGAUCACUGAAAGUCUGUCAACAGACCUUUGGGGUAAAUGGACGUACACAAACUCAGGCUGGCAUUACUCGACCCUGAACAGCUACCCAGAAGACUACCUCCAGGCGGUGCAGGGGACUUCGGUUCUGGCCUGUGUUUUUACCAUCCUGGCCCUGUUCGUGUUUGUGGCCCAGUUGUUCACGCUGCCCAAAGGCCAGAGGUUCACCUGCACUGGCAUUUUACAGCUAAUCGCUUGCCUGUGCAUCAUGACCGCAGCCUCCAUCUACACAGCUCAGUUUCACACCAAUGAAACAGAAGGAAGGUACGGGCACUCCUACAUCCUGGCAUGGAUCUCUUUUGUCGUCACUUUCUUCUUAACAAUCACCUACCUCGUCCUGCGGAAGAAGUCCGAGUGAAAAGAGCAGAAGAGUAAAGGCAGCAUUGCAUCUCUCUCUCUCUCUUGUUGGGAAGCUAGAAGAGUUUGGUUUUAACUUAAACAUCGUAAAACUCUUUAUUUGCUGUUUGGAACAUAAGAGCAUAGACGUGUGCUAACAAAGAGCCAAGGUUUUUAUAUUUGAAUUGAGUCCAUGUGUGAGACUGUGUGUGUGUGUAGAGAGGGGCUAUUAGAAGGAAGGCACAGCCCCUCGAAAUGCUUCCUUCCAUUUUAAUCUCGACUCCACUAACAAACCAUUUAUCCCCUUUGUGUUCUUACAUUUAGCAUCCAGGCAGAUCACAGCUAUACAAAGAAAGUCACACACAAGGCUUUAAUGCAGUAUCAGUACCUUUUGUUGAUUUAUAGCCUUUUCUGUUGGUCACACUAGACAACUUAUGCCAACUGCUGAAACAUUUUUAUGUCUAUAUUGCUAAUAAAAGUUAAUUUGCCCAUUUUGUUUGAAUCACAUUAUAUACACGCCAAAAAUAUGCUUCCUGUUGAUUUUUUUCAAUUCUAUCUUUAAUUAGACGUCUUUAAAAUGUUCAUAAUUUGGCAUAAGUUGUCUAGUGUGACAGGGCCUUUAACGCUGAUUAGCUGUGGCAAACACCUCAAAUGUGAUCGACUCCAAAAGCUAAUCAGUUGUACGUUCAGAAAAUUUCAAUUCAGUCUGUCAAGUGGUUCGGGAGAUAUUUUGCUAACAGACUCCGAAUGUUAAUGCCAAAGUUUACAACAAAGAUCUCAUGUAAGUAGCACUUGGGAGUGUGUGCUGUGAAUGACUCAUCUACUACCGCACUAAAUUUUAACUGUGUUUUAGAAUCUGUAAAACUGACUGAAUUAUUGCCUUUUGUUAUUGUUUUUCAUAAGAGUGGGCUAUAGUGACCAUCUUAUAACAUGUUGACUUCAAAUGUUAAUUGAUUCCGAAAAAGUCACUGAGCAACGUUAGAGAUAUUUUGCUAACAGACAGUGACCUGAACAAAAACACAGAUGAGUUUGAGUCAGCUCAACUCUUUGCAGACUUUGUUUAGCAGGAAGUCACAUUUAGAGGAUGUCAGUCCGCAUGAAUAAACUGCCAAAUAUGUUUAAAUUGUAUUUUCUUAACACUAACAAGGUUAUUUCCUACUUUUGAUUACUGCUCCUGUGAGAUAUUGUAAUAAAAAUAUCCUGAAAUUUGUCAUCAUUUAGUGAUGCUGAGUCCGAUGAAGGUGCAGCACGUUGCAAAGACAGCUGCAACUCUGAUACAGCAAAUUGGAAGAAUCAGGAAACAAGUCAUGGGAUGUUUAGUUUUAGUCAUUUAUUUUUACAAUUAGUAUAUAUCUUUUGAGUCUUAUGUACAAUGUAACCACAUGAUAUUUUUGUAGCAUUUUGUACUGAGUGUAUUUUUUUAAACCAAUAUAUUUGUGUCUGUAGAUGGCUGCUAAUACAACAAAUGUGCAAAUUAACAUUAAAUGAUCCAGGGACGGAGGUGUUUCAUUUCAUCGUAACACAGAACUUUUGCAUCAGAAAGUUUGUUCACAAUAAAUAAACUUUGAAGUUUCAAGCCAUGACGUGUAUUAAUAAAGUUAAUAAAAAUCCA